AUGCCACGAUCUGACGAGGCCGAGUCCUUUUUCUUUGCCGCCUACAGCGCCAUUCAAGAGGUGCCUCAUGGGAAAGUGACCAGUUAUGGACACAUAGCAAAACUCAUCGGAACCCCACAACGGCCCCGCCAGGUUGGCAUCUGCUUGCGACACCUGCCUGAAGAGGGCAAUGUCCCUGAGGGCAUGCUGUCACGCUUCCACACAGGUACGGUACCAUGGCAGCGCGUCAUCAGUGCCAAAGGCGUCAUCUCGCCUCGCGGAUUAGCCGCGGGCGGAGCGGGCAGCCGGAACCGACAGGCGGCGGCGUUGCAGGCAGAAGGCGUGGAUGUGAUUGCGGAUGCGAUGGGCGAGCUGUCGGUGGACCUGAAGCGGUACGGCUGGUUUCCACGACAGCUGCCUUCUGAAGCAGGAGAGAGACGGGAUGGAGGCGAAGGAAUCGACGGAGGCAACGGAGAGGAUGGAGACGUAGAGGUGAAGGAAGAAGACGUCGAGAUAAAAGAGGACAGCGAUUGA